ACCGUCAGUCAUCCGUGCUCCGUCGUAGGGAUGAGAUCGCGUCGUGCGACGCCGGUGCUGGUUCGUUCGGUAUCCGUGCGACGACGACGACGACGGUGACACGGAUAUUCCAUCAUUUCGUCGACGUAUUCACGUUUUUCGCCACGUAGUAAAUUCGGUACGAACGACCGACUACUCUCUGUUAUUUCGAGUGUGUCACAUUCCUCCUCUCCCUCUCCCUUUUUCUAUUUCUCUCUUCCUUUCUAUCUCUCUCUCUUCCUCUCUUUCACUCAAUCUCUUUCUGCUUUUCUCUUUCCGUCUUCCGUGCCAUCCUUCGAAGAAAAUCUACCGAAGAAACGAAGAGUAUUCGAGUCUUCCACGAAAAACGAAGGAGGUCUUCUUUCAGCAUCCGGCUGCUCCUUCGUUUUUCUUCUGCUCCGACCUUGACGAGGACCUUUUUAGAUUACUCGGAUCUCGAUCGAUGCGGAAGGUGGCGUUGAGGUAUCGGCGUUGGUAGGUCGACAAAGUGAUCGCUGAGUGGAACGAAGAGAAGAAAAAAGAGAAGAAGGGUAUAACCACGGACAAAGUACCAAAUAGAAGAAAAAGGAAAAAAAAUAAGCGAGAGGGAGAGGAAUCUCUCAUAAUCAUGACUGGCUUCGGAAAGGACAGAUCCAUAACGUAAUCGUAGAUCGAUCUAUCGAUCAAAGAAAGACAAUCGAGGUCAACGUGAAGUUCGCUAUGAGGUCAGAAGUGGUACGAUGAUAACGAUUUGAGAAGAUAAAUCGAUCUUCUCUCGUGAAAGAUACGCGCAAAUAUACAAACACACAGACAUAGAAAUACAGAUACAUACACACACACACACACACACACACACACACACACACGCACAUAUAUAUAUACACACUCGUCUUACACUUGGUAAGUUGAAGGAAAAAGAAGAAAAAAGAAAAACAAGGAGAAGAAGGCGACUAGAUAUCAACGUUCUCUAGCGUUAUCCGAGCAAACGAGCGAUUGAAUACGUGCGAGCGAGCGUGCGUGCGUGCGCGCGCGAGCGUGUUUGUAGUCGCGCCGUUUCGCGCGCAAAGUUAACGGCGACCGAAGUCAAAGGCGGCCGACACUGUGGAGGGUACUUAACGAGCGAGGCGAGCCGCUGACGGCUCAGUCGUCGUCGGCGGACGGUUCGCGUAGGAGUAGGUGUAUCUUUUUUUUCCUUAUUCUUCUUCAUCUUAUUCUUCUUCUUCUACUUCUCAUCUUGUUGCUCUUGCGGCUUUCUAAUCUCCUCAUCUUGCACUCGAGCGGGAUUUCCCUGUUGUCAAUCUUCUUUUUCCUCGAUAGUCAUCUACCUUCCCUUCUUCCUUCCUAUCCCCAUUGACAUUCCAUAUGUAUCGCGACCGACACUGAGAAGACGAAACGACGUUGCUUUUUGACGUGGUUUUUUCGUUGUGGCGACGGUGCUCGACCUUCGCGUUGUCGGUGGCAGUGGUGGGUGGUGGUGGUGUUGGUGGAGGAGGAUAGCGGUGUAUAAUAGUGUUAAGGUGAAGUUGAAAUCAUUGGCGGUGUCGUCGUCGGUUACCGCGCUGGUCGUGGAGCUGAUCUUGCUACCGUUGCUAUUGCAGAAGUGUUUUGUGGUGUUAGUGUUAUCGGUAGUGAAGGCGACGAGCUAUCAUGUGUACUCGAAGGAUUUUCGGACUGGCGUGUUUAGCUCUCCUGAUGACUCUUCGCGACAGAGUCGGAGCUUACACCAAUCAGUGGGCUGCUCACAUCGAAGGAGGACCGGAAGUAGCUAAAAAGGUUGCCGAGGAUCAUGGCUUUCGAUAUCUCGCAGAGAUAUUCGAUGGUUGGUAUCAUCUCGAGCAUCGAUCCGUGACGAAGAGAUCGAUCGAUCCGCACAUGGAAGUACAUUCCAGACUGAUAAGAGAUUCAAGAGUUCGUCGAGCAGAACAACAACGAGCAAAGUCGCGAAGUAAACGGGAUUUAUUAAUCAAACGCGGUCCGUCCAAUGCAAAAGUUAUUUUAAACGACGAGAGAUGGCCUCAAAUGUGGUACCUGAACAGGGGAAACGGUUUGGACAUGAACGUGCAGAAUGCCUGGGCCGAAGGUAUCACCGGAAGCGGCGUCGUGGUCACGAUUCUCGACGAUGGCUUGGAAAAAGAUCAUCCUGACCUCUACAAAAAUUACGAUCCUCAAGCGAGUUAUGACGUUAAUAGUCACGAUGAAGAUCCGAUGCCAAGGUAUGAUCUUGUGGACAGCAAUCGACACGGUACCAGGUGUGCCGGAGAAGUUGCAGCGACUGCCAACAAUACUGUCUGCGCAGUUGGUGUUGCCUUUGGAGCAGGUGUUGGUGGCGUUCGAAUGUUAGACGGAGACGUAACAGAUGCAGUUGAAGCCAGAUCACUUAGUUUGAAUCCACAGCAUAUCGAUAUUUACAGUGCUUCAUGGGGUCCUGAUGACGAUGGCAAGACAGUCGAUGGCCCUGGUGAAUUAGCAACAAGAGCCUUCAUCGAGGGAAUUACCAAGGGACGCAACGGGAAGGGUUCGAUCUUCGUGUGGGCCUCUGGUAAUGGUGGCAGAGACCACGAUAACUGUAAUUGCGACGGCUAUACCAACAGCAUAUGGACUUUGUCCAUCAGUAGUGCAACUGAGAAUGGGUUGGUGCCUUGGUACAGUGAAGCUUGCUCUUCUACCCUGGCAACGACCUACAGUUCUGGUUCAACUGGUGAGAAACAAGUAGUCACCACUGAUCUUCAUCAUCAGUGUACGAGCAGUCAUACUGGAACUUCGGCAUCGGCACCUUUAGCAGCUGGAAUAUGUGCUCUUGCGUUAGAGGCAAAUAGGGAUCUCACAUGGAGAGAUAUGCAGCAUAUCGUCGUUAGAACGGCCAAACCAGCCAAUCUAAAAGCACCCGAUUGGGUUACCAAUGGAGUCGGUAGAAAUGUGAGUCACAGUUUCGGCUAUGGAUUGAUGGAUGCCACCGCAAUGGUGCGUUUGGCUAGAAGAUGGAGGACAGUUCCUGAACAACACAAAUGUGAAGUAUCUGCGCCACAUUCGGGCAGAGCAAUACCACCAAAGAGUCAAUUGGUUCUCGACUUGCACGUGAAGGAAUGCAGCGGAGUUAAUUUUCUGGAACACGUACAGGCGAAGGUGUCGCUGAUGGCUUCGAGAAGGGGGGAUCUUCAGAUACAACUAACCUCUCCUCAGGGCACGAAGAGCACUCUCCUAGCAAAAAGACCGCACGACGUCUCCAAGGCUGGUUUCAAUCAAUGGCCAUUUAUGUCAGUUCACACGUGGGGCGAGAGGCCACACGGUACGUGGAAACUCGAAAUUCACAACGAGGGUCGAUAUUUCGGCCGUGCAACGCUUCACGAAUGGGCGUUAAUUUUCUACGGAACAUCGACGUUACCUGAUCGGACGGAAUACGCUCUCUACAAUCCUGCCAGUAUGAAUAUGCCACGAAGACCGUUCGUUAAACCGCGCGAAACGACGUUUACUAAGACUCAAAAUGCCUUGACAGCUUCUUCUAAGGGCAAACAGUCACAGCACAAAGCAGAAAAGACAGGUAGCCUGAGUCCGCCAUACGUGGUCAAUGCUCAACUUCAAUCACAAAGGAAGAACAAGGUUCGGGGACAGCACAAGAACGGGAAAUCCGCAAAUCGACCAACUCCCAGGCCAACGGCACAAACUUUGAGGGGAUUGACGUCUAUCAGAGGUCCUGCCGUAGCAGGAGAAGUUCGAUUGAUUACAUCCAGACCAAGGGGACGAAGUACACCCAGUCCCGUUACUACGACGACUAUUCGAACCAGUCCAACUACCAAAAUAAAAACGACAACGGUCUUGACUACUAGGCAAAAAAUCAUUGAACCGGUCACGAUCACACCGCCGUUUCAAAGAGGUUUGAUCCUAAUGGAACCUGCUGCGAAAGCAGCCACCAAUAAGGUUCCAGCAAUCUUUCAACAAUAUCCCAAGAUCCAGCAAAUCUAUCCUCUUUAUCCUGUUUAUGCUGGCGCUCGUGGAGCUGGACAACAACAUGCAACCAGAGCUAAGGGUCUAGACUUAUUGCAAGACGAACAAUUCGAUCCUAGGAAUCUACAAUUGGAUAAGGAUACCCUUAAGGAGUGGAAGCUGGUGUUUUACGGUACCGAGACAUCCUUGGAAUUCAACGAGGAUUUAGACAAGGACAAACCAAGCAUGACGAAUGUCCAGCCGGUGGAAAUCCAAGACAAUACGGCUACUGACGCAAGGCAGAACGUAGUAGACACAGAAGGUGAUCCUUGGACUGGUAGCCAACAGGUAGAACGAGUCUCUCAUCCUGAGGUACAAAGGCCAACAACGGAGAACCAGACAAACGGAUGCGCCAAUUUCGAUGCCAGAAAUGGCAGGUGCCUAGGUACUCGUUGGGCUCUUCCUGGGCGGAAGUUGCGGCGCGGAUUUUCUCAACUCAGCCACCACCAUCACCAACACCACCACCACUACCACCACCACUACCACCACUAUCACCAACAUCACCACCACCACUAUCACCAAUACCAAUCACAUCCACACUCAGUACCAAAAAUAAACCUAUCCUUCUGAUCGCUUCACCAGCACGGUGAGUCUUAUUUCUCUACUCUAUAUAAUUCCGAUAUUAAAUUCUGUAACCAGAUACAGAGUCGGAUUAAGGAUCAUCACUUUGAACUCCAAACUAUCUUCCCGAUAUUUGUAAGAGCCCUCGAUUAAAGGAUUAAAAAGGUCGAAUGAUUCACUUCAACUUUCUCUACGAAUUAAACAAGAAAAAUUUAUUCGCGUUAAAAGAAAAUAUAUAUAUGUAUGUGUGUGUUACUUACACACGCGUAUAUGUACUUAAUUAUAAAUAUCUAUCGUUCUUUAAUUAAGAUACAAAAUUUCAGGCUCUCCUUUGUCUCUCGCUUUGCCCUUAAUUCGACUCUGAUCGUUUGCUUAUUUUACUAUUAUUAUUAUUAUUAUUAUUAUUAUUAUUAUUAUUAUUAUUAUUAUUAUUAUUGUUGUUGUUGUUGUUGUUGUUUUUGUUUUUGUUUUUGUUGUUGUUGUUGUUGUUGUUGUCGUUGUUGUUGUUGUUGUUGUUGUUGUUGUUGUUGUUGUUGUUGUUGUUGUUGUUGUUGUUGUUGUUGUUGUUAUCGCUAAGUGCUUGCUCAUGUUCUAUUUAACUUAUUCAUUCGGAUCGCUUGCUUUGUCUGACACGUAUGUUUAAUUAUUGCUUUGGAAAAAAUAUUAAGAUAUAUACAGGAAUUCGUAUUGGGAUCUUUCGUUCUCCUAGAUAAUUUUUAAAAUUUGUAUGCCUGCCGACGAAAAUUGGGUGGGAAAGGUGUAAGUAUUAUACGUAUCUAUGAUCAACGAUCAGCAAGGCAAAAAUUCGUAUUGGUACAACCAAUUUGUAUUUUUGUCUAUUUAACAUUAUAAAAAAAUAAAUAAGAAAGGUACUUAGAUCAACAAAGUUCAAAAAAUUUCUUUCAACAAACUCAACAAAGUUUCAAACAUUCCUUAUUAAGUAAAGUUUUUUGGUAAAGAAUUUCAAAUAGUAGGCUCACCGAAUGGCAUGAAGCUUCAUUCGGCUUGUGGGGAUGAAAUUUUAAAUCUACUUGAAAAAGGGAAAUAAAUAAAACUUGUUCAACUUAACUUAACAUUUAAACUUAUUCAAUAUCCACGAACUUUUUUCACAAUUUUCUUAUAUGAUCGAAACAAUAAUAUUAUAGUUAAAUUUUAUAUGAAAAAAUUUAUAUAGCAACAUUUGUACAUGAUUGUAUAAUAAAUAUCUCCAUUGAUAUCUAUGUUUACAAGAUCCAAUAAUAAACAUUAUAAUUUAAUAAAUCGAAAAGGACGUUCAUUACGUUUAAUCUCAACUUUAUGUGUUCAUCAUGUAUGUUCGAUUUAAUAAAGCGAACUAUAAUUACAUUCUAAACAAUGUACAUAGUAUAUAUGUGUAUGUGUACGUAUCAUUAUUAUUCGAAUGCAAACAGAAUGUAUCUAGAUAUUAUGUGCUUGCGUGUAUCGUAUUUAUGUAUUCCAUGUAGAGCAUUUUCAAUCGCUAUGAAUUGUACAUCGGUAUUGCGAAUAUGCCGAGAUGUUUAUUUCCAGCGAAAGGAAAGUAAGCCGAUUCUUCGAUGAAAGGUAUUCCUUUCUGAUUGGGACAUAAUCGGUCACGAAAAGUGAGAAAUUACUUAUCGCAUUACAACAGUACUGUCGAAGAACAACGUAAUGAUGAAACAAGGAUAAUGAAGAUUAACGAGACACAGGCCUACUUUCCUCUCGUUGUUCUACGUAGAUGUAAAAGAAAACAAAAAGAAACAGUGUAAGCCUGUCUUUUGUAUAGGAAUGCCUGCAAAACGCUUUACGUAUUUAUUGUGGAUAUUUUCUGCAUGUUUUUACAGUUUAUUGGAAAAGCCUUGCUUAGAGCCAUCUCUCAUACGUAGUAGAAGGUGUAUUGACGAAUAUCCUAUGAGUUAUUUGAUGAUAGUCUUUCUGUUUUUUCCUUUUCUUUUUCUUCUUUUUUUUUAAUUUCUUUAAAAACGAGUAUGCAUCAGUAUCAGAAAGUAGUUACUUUAGAAUAUUUAUAGAAUCACAAUGGAGAACAGCAUGGAAAACGAAGGUGUGUCAUUUUUCAGAGUGCAAGUCCAAAUGGUACCAGUAUGAGGAUAAAUGUUGGCAAGAAUGUCCGAUCGGAAGCUACGCCAUUACAGAGGAACCUACCACUAGAAAGGUAUGUGGAAGGUGUCACUAUUCCUGUCUGACUUGUUCCGGAGCAAC